AAUAUGAUCUCAAACAAAAUAAUUAUGUUUUUUUGGUAUAAAACCGAAUAAACCGAAAACCGACGGUAUAUAAACCGAACCGAACCGAAGUAAAUAUGGAUUUAGAAUGGUAGUUAUAUUUUACUAAGCGGAAUACCGAAAACCGAAAAAACCGAACCGAAACCGAACCGAUAUCCGGAUUGAACACCCCUACUUUAGACUAAUUUAUACUACUUUAUGUCCUAUUAGACUAUUUUUUUCUAAAAUGGCAGUAAUGUCCUUAAAAUUGUAAUUUUUUAAAAAAGAUAAAUAUUGAGUUCGACAAGCGGGAUCGAUCGAUCCCACUUUAGAAGUUACAGUGGAUCGAUCGAUCCCGAUCAUUAUUCAGAACAAAAAAAACGCGAAAUAUAUACUGAUCGACCUGGUCCAUUUCACUCGAUCGGCGAAGGUCGAUUCCUUACAGAUCGACCGAUCUGUAAGGAUAGAUCGAUCGAUCCCGUGCCCAGGAAAGAAUCCCAAAUCGAUUUUUUUGGUUUUGUAUGAUUAUAUCCGGGUUGAUUCCCACUUGAUUUGAACCGACCAAGCAUGAUUUCAACUCUUUAAGCUCGAUUUCUCUGGGACGAAACCCAUAAUUUUCCAUUCACGAACAAAGGGGGAGAAAAUCAAAUUCUCACCCAAGUUCAUUAACCCUAACUCACUCAAUUCUCUGAUUUGGACGAUUAUUUGGCCUAACUCAUACGAUUUCGUGAGCUUUUUACGAAUCUAUCACUCUUUAGUUCGUUCUGCAAAGGUAUGAAACUCUAUCUCCACUUCUUUUUAGAGUUUGAAAAUAGAAAGGUAAAAGGUAAAUUUUUUGAGUUAGUUAGGAUAUUUAGGCUUCAAUCAUGUGUUAAGGUGAUGACUAGAGACGAUUUUGUACACAAUCAUGGCUUAAAUCAUAUUUUUGGGAUAGAUUUAGGAAUUUUAGGUUUUAUUUAAAAAAAAAAAAAUUAAAACACCAUAAAAUUGAAAUUAAUACAGUGAGAAUGCUAAUUCUUUGACAUUGGUUAUUGAUAAAGUAUUAAGAGACAUUAUUUAACUGAGCUGUGAUAUUUGUUAUUAAUAGAUAUAUGUUGUAUUGUUUUCAAUUUUCAGGUAUGGAGUUGGAGUUGCCUAAUCGUUUAUACGGUGAGGGAUUGGAACCUCAGGUUAAGAAGAUUAAUAACAGCUGCCGACUAAAACUUCUCGAGUUGCUGAAAGAAAAAAUGGAACCAGAAUUCGAUGAAGUUAUGAAAGAUCCCAUUUUUUCACAGAUUACGGUUAUCCAGAAGAAUGAUCUGAAGUUUUCGGCGAGGUUGGUACACUCUUUCUUGUGUAAGGAGUUGAUGACAAGCAAGAGACAUGAGAAGUGGUUCACUUUCGCUAGGAGACCUCUGCGUUUUGGAUUGCAAGAGUAUCAUGCUGUCACUGGUCUGAAAGUGAAGCGAAAGAAUAACAGUGGGUUAGUGACAUGGAAAGAUGAUGAUGGUUUUUGGAGCAAGCAGAUAAAGACAAAUGGAAAAAUAAAUUUGCAGAUCAUAAAAAAGAAGCAUUUGGAAGAGAGCAAUACCUGGACUUGGGUUGAUAGGGUGGGACUGAUAUAUCUUUGCGUUAUUAUGGGUGUGGUGAUGGAGAAGGAUGAGAAGGUGAAUAUCCCGCAUCUGUACAUGAAGUUGGCGAUGAAUUUGGAAAAGCUUCGGAAUUACUCAUGGGGUCUGUAUUCGUUUGAUUUCCUUCUGAAGCAAAUUGAUAAAAGAAGGCAUAAAUUAGAGCAGAAAGAGGGGUAUCUGAUGGAAGGAUUCUUGUUUGGUUUCCAAAUUUGGAUAAUGGAAGCUGUUCCUGCUUUAGGAGAGAUUUGUGGCACAAAAGUCAGUAAAAAUUUUACAGGUCCACUGUGUGGUAAUUGGAGAGGAUGUGCAAAAUGUUCUUAUGAAGAUAUCAUUGGCGUUGAGAACUUAUUCCCAGAAAAUGGGAUUUUGCAUUCAUUCAUGGAAUCCCACAUAGAUGGAGUGGUCCUUUUGGCAACUGAUUUUGUACAGAAGGAUGAGAAGAAAGAUGAAAGAGUAGAUCGCAUUUUGGAUAUGAUCAAUAGUAAACAUGAUUGGAACAAUCAUGUUUGGGGAGUAAAAGAAGCUAUGAAUUCUGAAUUUGAGGAAUCUGGCGAAGAGAAAGGAGAGGAUCAAACAGCUGAUACUGAGAGUGGUGAAAAUAGUCAUGUUGCAGGGAAUGUUGAUGGCACAGCUGAUGUUUCGGGAAGAAACAAGAGAAAGCAUGCAGACCGAGGAGCAGAGUCAAGGAAGAAGAAUGUUUUGUGUCACCUAGCUGCUUCAUCAAAAGGAAAUAUUGACACAGAUAUGAAAAAUUUCUUGGAGGAUCUGGUAGAAGCUUCUUUUACUACUUUUGGGGAGAAAUUCUGUCAGCAGUUCUCGGACAGGUUGGGUAAGAUUGAGACUGAGGUUACACAACUCAUGACAGCUUCGGAGAGAACUGAGCAAUUUGAGACAGUUGUAACCGACAGAUUGGGAAAAAUUGAGGCUGAGGUUACACAGCUCAGGACAACUUUAGUGGUGACUGAAUUGGUGGGAAAGAGUGAUCAAGCAAGCGGUCCUAGCAUGACCAAAAUCAACAGUGGUCCUAGCACCAGCAAAAAAGGCACUGCUCCAUCAAAGAAAAAGGUAACUACUAAGAGAAAGAGUUAAAAGUUGUUGAAAGCUUGGAACUAGGCGAUGGAAUGUAGGUCUUUGAAGCUAGGUUAUUAGAACUUGGAAUGAGGCGGUAAUAUGUAUUUGAAACUUGUCGUUUAUGUAAUGACUAUAUUUAAUGUAAUAUGUAUUUGGAAGUUUGUAUGUUUAUUAUGGAUUUCGAACUUGUCGUUUAUGUCUAUUCUCUAUUUUGAACUUGAAAUUUGUAUGUGUAAUUUGUAAUUGUACGUGUUUGUCAACAGGCUGUAAAAAACCAAGAGUUAAAGACUGCUGAUUCGUGUGUCAAUUUACCUCGUGCAAAAGUUACUCAAUCAUCAGCUAGUGAUCUUCGUAUGGGUACACAAGAGUUUUUAGAAAGUUGCAUGAAGAACCUUCCAUUAGACACAUUUGUGAAAGGUUUGAAUCCUUCUCAAGCUAAAGUCGAAGAUUCAUUGGAUUGGUUGGAACUUCCAAAAUCAUUGAAGAAGCCAACAGAUUCAUUGGAACUUCUAAAAUCAUUGAAGAAGCCAGCGGUCCGAUUAGAUGACCGAGAUAUAGAGCUAGACGGUGAAAAUUUCCCUGAUCGCUGCUUGGUGUUUGUGCAUCCUACAGAUUUUAAGAAGAUGCAGGACUGGCAAGAUACACGAACGUAUGUUAUUCCUUUGUAUAUAUCAUUCCGUUGAUUUUCUUAAUAAUUGACAUUUCUACCAUUGUAUUUUGUUUACAGAGCUAUACAGAUUGGUCCUUCUAUGUUAGACGGUGAUCUAGCCGGACGUAUUAUGUCUGCCAGCAGUUGGCUUAAAAAUUACGUAAGCAUUCAACCGGUUAUUUCUAUAAAAUGUUACCUAUUAUAUAAAUGUAUACAUUACAGAUUUGUCUUUGUUUUUGUAGGAAAUUGAUGCUAUAAUGUAUGUUUUUCGGGAAAGAACAACAUUGAAACGAUGGAACGUAGACCGUGUUGCUUUCAUGACAUGUGUCUUCAGCGACCUCAUUGCUAAGGAUUACCAGAAUUUCUGUAAGGAUAUUAAGAAAUACACUAUGGAUCCAUUACUAUUGCAAUACGGUAAAGGUGAACUGCCUUCCCAUGGAAGAACACGGAUGUUGUGGAAUGUCGAUGUGGAUCGGAUGUACGUUCCUGUCUGGGUUAAUUGCAACCAUUGGAUUGCUUUAUGCAUCAGUUUUGUGACUAGGAAUAUCCAGGUGUUUGAUUGCGGGGGUAAAAAAAUCAAGGAAGUGGAAGCUUUCGCGCAGCUUAUUCUUCGGAUUGUCAAGGCCGUGCAGUCAUUGACAAUACAAAAGCAUCUCCACAUCACUCCGUACAAUGUUUCCUAUGUACCUAUGAGUGGUCUUAACCGAAUUCAACGUCAUUGUGGUGUGUACACUAUAAAACACAUCGAAUGCCACGUGCUUGGGUUGGACAUAUCUAUGGUGAGUGAUGAGAACAUCUGGGAAGCUCGGAUAAAGAUUAUGUGGGAUCUAUGGGAAGCAGCUAAUGAUCUAGAACUGAUUGAGAGAAUGUCAAAGUAUGAACCUAUUAAGUGUAGUAAGCCUUUCGAGUAUGUUGAGAUUGAUGAUUUAUGAUUUAUUGUUGGUUAUGCUUUUUUAAACUUAUUUUGUAAUGAUUUUAGGAGUUUGUGUUAUAAUGGUAUUUUUUUCUAUAUACAGUACUUGAGUUUACAAAAUGAAAGACAACAUUAUCAAUUGAGAAACCAUAAAGUUCACUAAACAAUUGCAAAUCCGGUCAGCCUAAAUAGAUCGAUCGAUCGAAAGAAGCUGGUCGAUCCGGAAAGCUCGAUCUAUAUAGAUCGAUCGUUCUACGUAGAACCAGAUCGAUCCCGACAGUCGAUCCUGAGCAUUAUGCAGAACAAACAAAAAACGCCCAGCAUAUUUUGAUCGACCUGUUCCAGUACGCUCGUUCGGCAAAGCUCGAUCGCCUUCAGAUCGAUCGAUCUGUCUUUCGGAUCGAUCGAUCCCGCACCCAGAUAAGUCUCUCAAAUCGAUUUUAUGGUUUUCAUCGGUUAAAUCCGGUUUAAUACCCACUUAAUUUGAACCGGAAUAACACGAUUUUACUCAUAAAAUCGUGAUACUGAGAUCAAAACCUCACUUUUAUCUCAUUCCCCAAUUUUUCUUGAGAGAAUGGAAUCAAACCCACCUUCAUAAAUCCUAUCUCUCUCGAUUUAACUCCGAUUUGGACGAUUCUUGAGCCUAACCCAGACGAUUUCGUGAGCUAAUUCCGAAUCUACCACUCUUUCGGUCGAUCUGUAAAGGUAUGAAACUCUAUCUCCACUUUUAUAGUUCGAAAUUUUAAUAGCAAAAAGUGAAAUUUUAGUGUUAUUAAGUCGUUUUGGCUUAAAUCGUGUGUUAGGGUGAUGAUUAGUGACGAUUUUCCAUAUAGCUCUUGCCUUAAUUCGUAGUUUUAAGUUUGAUUUAAGAAAUUAGGGUUACUUAUUUAA